CUGAGCCGUAGUUCAGACGGUGCUAAUCUUAAGGCAGUCUGACUGCCCAGAUCGUACCCCCAUACCGACCCGAGAACGCGCCGAGUAAGAUGGUCGACUUCAGUAUUUGCAUCCAGCCUGGGCUGAAGUCUCCACAAUAUCAUGCAAUCCAAUCACUCUGCGUCGACCGCCCGGGACUGUCAAUCAACUAUACGGAUUCGGGCGACUUGACCAAGUAUCCGAUUGCCGUCUCUAUUGAGACUAAGGGUCCGGAACAAUCCUAAGAUGUCGCACUGCUGCAGGUAGCUACGUGGCAUGCGUCGCAGUGGCGGAGUCUUCUCUGGGAACGCGACCCUAAAUCAAGGAUUGAGUUUCUCCCUGGUAUCAUCGUGUCGGACGAGCCGAGCUUCAGCUGAGCUGACUUAGAAAAGGAGGGGUUGGGACCUGAAAAUAACACAACCUUCAGAUCAACAGAUCAUCAGGAUCAAGCUACAGACUCGUUGAAAUUGAAGAGCCUCAGGGCCCCUUAUCAA